AUGAUGGAGGGUCUCAGCUGGUUUGUCUGUUCCAUGUGCUCCCUGGGCAGUGCUCUGGGAGUGGAUGAAUAAGGAGCCUGUGUGAUACAGCAUGUGGAGGGAACGCAGGUGUUGCAGUGCUCCGGCACACCAUAAACUCAGCCAGCCUGACCUGUGUUCCUCUGAACAGUGCUGCUCACACGUGGGGCAGUAAUGCUGCAGACCUUUAACCCACCUUCCAGUAAGAAAGAGAUUGUAAACACAGCAGUGAUAACACGUAGUAAAGCAGCCAUUUAUGAUGCUUCAGCAGGUGAGCCUAUUUACUUUAAGUACCUUUCUUUGGGACGAGAUAGUGCUGUGUCCCUAGGCAGGCCUUCCCCUCCUGUAUCAUCAUGUCAAAUCCUGGUUUAUUUAAGAAGAGCACAGGUAUCUUGAUUUCUCUCAGAAGCACCUUGCUCAAAUGGUCUCAAAUUGAGGCCACCAGGGUUUCUACAGCAAUCUUUGAGACAGCUGGAAUAGAUUCAGAGAUUGUAGAACAACAUCAAAUAGGACUGCUGAGCCCAAGUGUGGCUUCAGUGUCACUGACCUAGUAUUAGUGGCUGUAGCCACCUGACUCCAGAUCACUUCUUACCUGUGCUGGGUCCAGUGCUUUAGCCAGGAAAUGCCAAAUACACCAUUUCAAUGGGAGCUAAACCCUGCAGCAAAGUAGUUUACAGAAGCUUGAACACAGCAGGAUUCAAUGCAUUAUGUAUGGAUCAGCCCUCUGGAACUGCACAGGCACCUAAGUUAUGCCUGUAGGAAAACAGUAAUUGAAAACCUCCUUCUUCCCCACCUCUUGGAGCUGCCUUGCGUUAAAUAUUAACAGCCUUGGUUCAUCAAUUCCCUGGUUCACUUGGCUUCUUUUAACAACAGAUGUAGUUACAACAACUCCUCUGCCUCCGUCCCUGCUCCUGUCAGCACAGCCCAUGGUGAAACCCAAGACUCCAGUGCUGUAACUCUGCCUGCAGAGCCUGGCUGCUGCCCUGGUCGUGUGGUCUCCUCCAUCUGUCUCCUUGGGAUCACCAAUGCAUCCUGCUUUCCGCAUCUGGGAUUAGCCUGUGCUGUGGGCCACUGGUUGCAGAGAAGGGUUGGUUAAAGGACGCAGAGAAAAGGAGCCCACAGGAAGGAGUUUCUGCUGUCAGAGGGGUGAGCAUGGCCAGCAACUCCAGCACACUGCCCCGGGUGACUUUCCAGACACCAGAGAAACCUGGGGAGGAAUCGUCACACAGGAAACUGGGCAAGUUAACCAUCAAGUACAACCGCAAAGACCUACAGCGCUGGCUGGACCUGGAGGAAUGGAUCAACGCCCAACUGCAGGAGCUGUACCAGUGCCGGCUAAGAGAGGAAACAGAGGCAGCAGCUCCUGAACCACAAAUUGACCUUGAAGAUCUCCUGGAGGUCCCUAAUGAAGAACAGAAAUUAAAACUACAGGAAAUCCUCCAUGAGUGCUCCAACCCGACAGAGGUGAGUGAAGCACCAUCAAUAUAUAUAUGUUAUACUGUGCUGGGAGAGUGUGUCUUUGUUGCUGCUUCACUGAAUAGCCACAGUAUUCCUGUGCCUAACACAACGCUGCAAAUUUGUUUAAUUCCCAAUGGAAAGUGUUUGCUGCUUUAUUCUGCUGUGUUAGAAAAGUACAUGUAAAUCUACAUCAUAUACAUGAUGAGAUGAGGGCAGAGCAGUGAAGCAAAUAAGGAAUUACACAUUAUAACCAAAGUCCAUUUCAUGUUUUGGACAUCCUAACCUGACCAAGGUGAGUUGCUAUUUGGACCUCAGCAUAGAAAAUCCAUAGACAGGGAUUACAGCUCACAUAACCAUCUUUCACACUGUUAAAAAAAUGCAUUCUCAGCUUAAACCACUCUACUGUUAUGAAUGACAAGAAUGUUGGAUGGCCCUCAGAUUGGAUUGGGCAGAUAAUUGUUGAGUAGUGGCUACAUAAGUCAGUUUUUCAAGUUUGGUUUUCUUCCCAUGUGAAGUUUACAAGUACUGGUUUUGAGUUAGAGAGUUGAAGAACUCCCACAAGCUGUCACAAUGUCCAAAAGAAAUGGAACCCAAUACUUUGCAGUGUGGUGCAUGCACCACACAACAGUCGCCUUUGCUGUACUGCAUAUCUGUGCAAAAUGGGGUCCCCCACCACUGCUUCAAUCACACACAUUGCAUGUGCUAGGACAUCAUUAAUCAGGCUCUAUAUCUUGUCAAGCCUAUGUAGCUGUACAGUGAGGAACAUACAGAAAAUGAGGUGGAUACACAACCAUCACUGAAAUUUAACUUUGCUGUAGUAAUCAUUACAGAGAGUCUCCUAGCAAGUAUUCAGCAGACAAGGCUGGCAAUAGGGAAAUUUCAGAUCUUAGGCAAGAACCCCACAUUCCCAGAGAUGUAACUGGAGUUUGCUCUACUGCUUGAUGAGCCCUGAAAGUGUAUUGUGGACAGCAUGGUACUUGCUAACUACAAAUACUGCUGUCCCGUUAGCAAAUCUAUGUCCUUUCAUCCUGGUGAUCUUGAAUCCAGUCCCCUUGAAAGAUCACAGCAGCCUAUUUGCAGAAAGAGGAAAUCACAGAAUCAUAGAAUAGUUAGGGUUGGAAAGGACCUUAAGAUCAUCCAGUUCCAACCCCCCUGCCAUGGGCAGGGACACCUCACACUAAACCAUGUCACCCAAGGCCUCGUCCAACCUGGUCUUGAACACUGCCAGGGAUGGAGCAUUCACAACCUCCCUGGGCAACCCAUUCCAGUGCCUCACCACCCUCACAGUAAAGAACUUCCUCCUUAUAUCCAAUCUAAACUUCCCCUGUUUAAGUUUGAACCUGUUACCCGUCAU